AUGAAUGUAUACUUCAGCAAACGUGUUGCGGUACCGACGAGUACAGUCAUUACAUCCAUUGCGUGGAAUGAGGAACAGGGAUGGUUGGCGUGUGGUGGCAGGGGUGGGCUGCUGAAGGUGUUGAAGAUCGACAACAGCAUCGGUGCGAAGGGGGCACUUUUGGUGAAUCAAACGCUUGAAGGGCAUUCAGCAGACGUCUCGGUGGUGGCAUGGAACCAUCAGUACCGUAAGCUUACAUCCAGCGAUGAGAGUGGACAGAUCAUUGUAUGGACACUGCAUAAAGGCAUGUGGAUGGAGGAGAUGAUAAAUAAUCGCAACAAAAGCACCGUGUGUGAUCUUUCAUGGAGCGCCGAUGGCACAAAAGUGUGCAUCAUUUACGAAGAUGGGGCCGUCAUUGUUGGGGGUGUCGACGGUAACCGCCUGUGGGGAAAAGACGUCAAACGUGAGCUUGCAAAGGUGACAUGGAGCCCUGACGAUCGGUACAUUUUAUUUGGCACAAAAAAUGGUGAGGUACUUGUGAAUGAAAGCGAUGGUGGGCAUGCGGUGUGCCAACUGCGCAUCUCGUGCCUGGAAGGGGUGGAGUCACUCAGCGGUCUCUCGUGGCAUCCCGCGUGGGUCGAUAGUCCCGACCCUCCCGCCACACUCGCCGUCUGUUACGCGAAUGGACGAAUGCAGUUGAUGCGUGACAUCAACGACAACCGCCCUUACCUCAUUGACAGCGGCAUCCCGGUGAGCUGUAUCGCGUGGAACCCGCAGGGGACGACCAUUGUCGUUUGUGGCGUCAUUUCCACGGCGGCCAUGAUGGGCGACAGGCCAGCGUCACAGCCAUCCUCGCCGUCGAGUUCGCUGGUGGUGGCGCAGUUCUUUAACACGGAGGGCGUCCACCUGCGUACGCUGCGGGUUUCGGGGCAGCACUGCGGCGGGGUGACAUGGGAGGGCGAUGGACUUCGUGUCUGCAUUGCGAUUGACGCCGCCUUGUACUUUGCGAAUGUGCGGCCCGCGUACAAGUACACCUACUUUUCCAAGACCGUUGUUUUUGCGUUUUACCGCUCCGACCGUGCGGAGCAGGGCGUUAUGUUUUGGAACACACGAAGUAACGAGCGCUUCAUCCGCUACAUCCGUGGGCUUUUUUAUAUCGACUCCUGCAAGGACGUCUGCAUGAUCGUCAACACGUCAGCGGAUGGGUCCCAUCGCGUUGUGCAACUGUUGAAUGCCAUUGGAAGUCCUCUGGAGGUGCGGAUGAUGGACUUGGAGCCGCUUGUCUGCGGCAUGAACUCCUCACACAUUGUGGUAUCAGACGAGGAAAACAUUUACGUCUGGCAGUUCCGUGACCCGGACGUCGUUCUGGACUUACUGGAUCCCAUCUCUGUGCAGGCGAGCCGCCGUGAGACACGGGAUCGCAUCGUGCAUGUGGACGACAUUGUUCGUCCUGAUAGCCCACCGUCACUGGUUACCCACACGGCGGUCACGAAUGAUCUCAUCUGCUCACUCUGCCUCAGUGAGGAAUUUCUCUUCGUUGCUCGUGAGUCCGGGCUACUACAGUUGUACCGCUUUGCCCCGCUGCAUCUUGUCGGCAAAAUGGUUUUGCCCUCCCGUGUGCAGUCGAUGGCAGCCAACUCGAAUUCCACACGUCUCUCGGUGGUAGAUGUGAGCGGCACCAUGACGGUUUUUCAUAUUGAUCCUAUGAAACUGUCACUUGUGCCUCAAAAGAUUGCCCCGGAGCCUAACUUUGAGCACAAAGACGUCUGGAACGUGCGUUGGUCGAAAGACGACCCGGAGCUUUUUGCCGUGUUGGAAAAGUCCCGCAUGUACAUAUUCCGCGGCACGGAGGCGGAGGAGCCCGUUCAGUCCCGUGCCUGCAUUUGUAAGUUUAAAUCUCUCAAAGUACGAGCACUACAGCUGGACGAUAUCAUGCAUGAUCCGGAGAGACCCCGCAAGGAACAUGUCAUUGAAUUUGAGACAAGGGAACUGCGAGAGGCGCGGCAGGCGCUGCAGAAUUUAUCAAUGAAGGAGGCGUACAUGUACGUGGAGAACCACCCGCACCCCAAGUUGUGGGCCCUACUCACCGAACACGCACUGGCGCAGCUUGACUUUGAUCACGCGGAAAUGGCGGUUGUCCGGAGCAAGGAUUACCCGGCCAUACAAUUCGUCAAACGCAUUAAAACGCUUGACGACCCGCAGAAGCAGCGGGCGGAAAUUCACACCUACUACGGCCGCUUCGAUGAGGCAGAGAAGAUCUACAAGGAGAUUGACCGCAAGGAUCUUGUGCUGGACCUGCGCUACCGCCUGGGCGACUGGUUCCGUGUCGUGCAGCUUGUCCAGGAGGGAGGCGGGGACGAGUCUCACAUGCAGAGGGCGUGGGAAAACAUUGGUGACUUCUACGCCGACCGGCAGAAGUGGACCAAGGCUUCCCAGUACUACACACAGUGCCGACAGCUGCACAAACUCGCCCAUAUUCUCUUUCUGCAGGAGGACUAUGACCUCCUCGCCCAACUCAUUCCAAGCGCAGAGCACGACAAAGGGCUACUGCUCAAAAUUGGAGAAAUGUUGUUUGCCGUCGGCCUUGGCGACGAGGCAUCCCGUGCAUUUCUUGCGGCAGGCGAGGCACGAUUGGCUGUUGCCGGCUGUGUGCAGUUGCACCAAUGGGAUAGUGCCGUGGCUAUUGCGGAGGCGCAUAAACUUAAGGAUAUUCUACCGCAACUAGCGCGUCACACGAAGUCUCUCAUUGAGAGUGAGCGGCUGCCGGAAGCGAUUGAGUUGUACCGCAAGGCUGGCCAACACGAGGAGGCGGCGCGACUGCUUGCACGUCUGGGACAACGCGCUGCCGCUACAGAUCCGCUGCGGGCCAAAAAGUUUUAUGUGCUCUCUGCGCUAGAAAUAGAGAAGUAUCGCAAGAAGAAGGUUGCGCUGAGCGAUGACGGCACGGCUGCAGUGGACAUGUUGCUGAGUGAAGAGCGAGCUGCGACAUCCGAGCGGGUGCUGGACGCUGCGUGGCGUGGCGCCGAGGCGUUUCACUUCUUCCUACUCUGCCAACAACACAUCCUGCACCGCAACCUGCCGCACGCACUUAAUGUAGCGAUGCGGCUGAUGGAGUACGACGAUCUCAUCAGCCCUGUUGACAGCUACAGCCUCAUUGCACUCACGGCGUACCUGGCGAAGAAUUUUAGCAUCUGCAGUAAGGCCUUCACUCGCCUUGAGGCGGCGGAGCAGAAGGAUGCGCAGCAGCAAAACCAACAGGAGGGUGGUACUCCCGCGGUGGCCGGCCAGCUGCAAUUUAUCGACAUGACGAUGGAUCUCGACGUCUCCAAACAGACGGGCGCCGCACACCGGAACGACGCCUGCAGUCACGGCGGGGCGGGAGGAGGCUCUACCGGGCUGAGCGGAACCACGACGUCACUGCAGUUGACAAAUCGGUCGAAGGGAACGGCGCUGGCGACGCAGUUCAAAUACCCGACUGUGAGCCUGAGGGAGCCACGUCGCCGCUUUGCCGACCUCGCGGCGAAAAUAUUCACGAAGCACAAGCCGGAAGACAAUUCUGCGGAUCGUGUGAAGUGCCCCAAGUGUGACGCGUUUGUCAAAGAGUGGGCGUCCUCCUGCGCGCGCUGCCAGAAGCAGCUUGGUGUUUGCAUUUUCACUGGACGCUGCAUCACGACGGAGGACUUUUGGCAGUGUGCGGUGUGUCACCAUUGCAUCAUUGACGUGGAGGGUGACCGGUUCCGCAACUGCCCUCUUUGCCACACACCGAUGAAACACGGGGCCCGCGGUUAG